UUCUCUCCUUAUAAAUUUAGCACAAUCUAUGCCAAUUGCCUCAAUUUCAGCAUAGAGUAAGACAACAAAUACUAGUUUCUCAUCUUUAUUCCAAGAAAGCUCUCUCUUUGUAAGAAAGAAAGAAAGAAAGAAAGAAAGAGAGCGGAAAUGGAAGGAAGAAGGCAUAAUAACAAAGGAGAUACCAAGAGUAGUAGUGCUAUUGUUAGUGAAGAGAAUACUUCUACAAUUGAUUGGAGAGGCAGACCCUCUAACCCUAACAAGCAUGGAGGAAUGAGAGCUGCAACAUUUGUUCUUGGGCUUCAAGCAUUUGAGAUAAUGGGAAUAGCAGCAGUAGGGAACAAUCUGAUAACUUAUGUGAUGAAUGAGAUGCACUUCUCUUUGUCAAGGUCUGCAAAUAUAGUGACAAACUUUGUUGGAACUGUCUUUAUCUUGGCCCUCUUUGGUGGCUACCUUUCAGACUCUUAUCUUGGGUGUUUUUGGACCAUGCUCAUCUUUGGCUUUGUGGAACUGUCUGGUUUCAUACUACUAUCAGUCCAAGCUCAUCUUCCACAACUGAAGCCCCCACAGUGCAACAUUAAUGUAGAACAUAACUGUGAAGAGGCAAAAGGGUUCAAGGCCUUAAUCUUUUUUGUGGCUUUAUAUUUGGUGGCAUUAGGGAGUGGAUGUGUCAAACCCAACAUGAUAGCUCAUGGGGCUGACCAAUUCAACCAAAAUAACCAAAAGCAAUCCAAGAAGCUCUCUACCUACUUCAAUGCUGCCUAUUUUGCUUUCUCCAUGGGUGAACUUAUUGCCCUAACAGUUCUUGUUUGGGUGCAAACACAUUCUGGCAUGGAUGUUGGGUUUGGAGUUUCUGCAGCUGCUAUGGCUAUGGGACUCAUCAGCUUGGUUUCUGGUACUUUAUAUUACAGAAAUAAACCACCUCAAGGAAGCAUCUUCACCCCCAUUGCUCAGGUUUUUGUGGCUGCCAUAUUAAAAAGAAAACAAAUUUGUCCAUCUAAUCCAGAAAUGUUACAUGGAAGCCAAAAUAAUAUGCCAAAUAAUAACAUAAUUGGCAUAUCUUCAGACUCUGGCAAACUUGUUCACACUCAAAGAUUCAGGUUCUUGGAUAAGGCUUGCAUUAAAAUUCAAGACGGGAGUAAUACAAAGGAGAGUCCAUGGAGAUUAUGCACUAUAACCCAAGUGGAACAAGUCAAAAUACUAAUUUCAGUUAUUCCAAUAUUUGCUUGCACAAUUAUUUUCAACACCAUUUUAGCUCAACUCCAAACAUUCUCAGUCCAACAAGGAAGUUCCAUGGAUACCCAUCUUACAAAAUCUUUCAAAAUCCCUCCUGCUUCACUUCAAUCCAUCCCUUAUAUUAUUCUUAUUAUUGUAGUCCCUCUGUAUGACACCUUCUUUGUCCCUUUUGCAAGAAAAUUCACAGGCCAUGAAUCAGGAAUAACCCCCUUACAAAGAAUAGGUACUGGUUUAUUUUUUGCUACCUUUUCAAUGGUUGCUGCUGCUAUAAUGGAGAAGAAGAGAAGGGAUGAAGCCGUCGAUUCGAAUAAAAUAAUAUCAAUUUUUUGGAUCACACCACAGUUCUUAAUCUUUGGAUUAUCAGAAAUGCUUACGGCAGUUGGUCUAAUUGAGUUCUUUUACAAGCAAUCUUUAAAGGGGAUGCAAGCAUUUCUAACAGCAAUAACUUAUUGCUCAUAUUCAUUUGGGUUUUAUUUAAGCUCUUUACUGGUUUCUUUAGUGAACAAAAUUUCUUCAAGUUCUUCAACAAAAAAAGGAUGGCUUAGUGACAAUAAUCUGAACAAAGACAGGCUUGACCUUUUCUAUUGGCUUCUUGCUGUUCUUAGCUUCCUCAACUUCCUCAACUAUCUGUUUUGGGCAAGAUGGUAUUCUUAUAAUCCAUCUUUAUCAAGCACACAGAAGCACGAGACACAAGGAGAGGAUUACUUCAACCAUUAUAGCUUUAAUCCUUCAAAAAGCAUUGGAGAUGAAAGUAUACCUUAGUUAAAUGAAAUAUAUAUAAAUAUAUAGUAUUACUUAUAUACAUAUGAUAGGCAAUGGAAGCUUAAUUGCUUGAAAUUAUCUAUAGGCUUGUAUUAUAAUGUAUAAGUAAAGAAUUAUGAAAUAUGAUUAUUAUUUCCUUUU